UGCGAGUACGUGUGCGUUAGUGCGUAUUACUACACUUCCCCAAACGUCCAGCACCUUCCUUUCUCAUUCCUUGCGUUUUUAGACGGUGCAAGAUGUCAGUUGUGAACGUGUCCAAUGUGAGAGUUCCAGCAGCUUCCUUGCCCAGAACCCCACCCACAAGGAGAUCUUGCGCUCUUUUUAAGAGUGGGUCGUCCUUAGGCUCUGUGAAGAGUGUUUCUAAGCUUUUUGGGUUGAAAUCUGAAUCCUUCAGAGUUUCUGCCAUGGCUGUGUACAAAGUGAAACUGAUUGGACCUGAUGGCAGUGAGAAUGAGUUUGAAGCUCCUGAUGACUCUUACAUUCUGGACUCAGCUGAAAAUGCAGGGGUGGAGCUGCCUUACUCAUGCAGAGCCGGCGCCUGCUCUACGUGUGCAGGCCAAGUGGUUACAGGAUCAGUGGACCAAUCAGAUCAAUCCUUUUUAGAUGAGAAGCAGAUGGAGCAGGGAUAUAUUCUGACCUGUGUUUCAUAUCCAACCUCAGAUUGUGUGAUUCACACCCACAAGGAGAGUGAGCUCUGCUAAUCAAAUUUAUGGUUUUGAUUAGUCUUAUAUGAGCUAGAAUAUGUGUCAGUCUAGUAAGGAAUUGUGAGAUUGUUCUGGUGCUUGUACUAGUUUCCCAAUGAUUUUAUAAUGAUCUUGAGAUUGAUCCCAGAAUAUGUUGGGACUGCAACUUCGUCAAUAUUAAUAAAAGUCGUGAUCAAUCGUAGAGUCCGCGGUAUUAUUUUAGUGUUCUUGUUAUGGCCUAUUUAUUGAAUGAACGAGUAGUUCAACCAUCUUAUUUUAAUAAUUUCAUAUUAAGGACAUUCAUAGAGCUGGACGAUGUGGUUGUCAUUUGAACAUUCCAAGUAUGAUACCGUUGAAAUAUUAUCAUCGUAUGCUA